AUGGAUGAAGAAUUAAAAAAAGUUAAACAAUUGAAAGCUAAAGAAGCGACAGCAGUUAAAACAACACUUCCUUGGCGUCUUAGAAUAUUUGAGAAAUUCCCAACAAGACCGCAAAUGGUUCAUUUAAAGAAAGUAGUUAAUGAAUUUAAUACUCCAAAAGUUAGAGAUUCUUUUACUAAUCAAUUUGUUUGGAGUGAAAAAGGCGAACAAUCAAAACUUGCUAUUUCAACUGUAAAAUUACUUACACAUUUAGAAAAUAAAGCGCAAACAAGAAUGUUAUCUAAAUUUGCUGCUAAAAGCCGUUCAUCUUCUAAAAAGCCUCAAGACAGUUGCCUUUACAAGAGAUAUGUAGGGCAUUGUUCAAUGCGGUCUCUUUUGAAAAAUUUAGUGAAAGAUGCUUCAAAGGAAGGGCAGUCUCAAAUAGGUGGUAUGGGACUUGGCCCCUCUGGCACAAAAGCAAGAGGAAAGUCAAUGAGUUUUUUCGAACAAAUACUUACUGAGAAUGGAGAUAUUAAUCGAGAACAUGUUGGACAAACAAAACAAGCAAAUACAUUCUCUGGGGCGACAGCAACGGCAACUACAACAAUGACAACGUCAACACGACGAGAUUUGAAACAAGGGCAAUUUGAUAUACGUGCAUUACAACAUAAACAACAAAUGGCAGAAAUUACUCGUAAUCGGAUUGAAGAGGAAAUGCGAGAAAAUCACCCUUACUUUGACCGCCCAUUAUUUAUUAUUGCCCGAGAUUCCAAAUUAAGACGUUAUUGCCAUCGUAUAGUCCAUGCACGUUGGGGAGGGGAUGGAUCCAUUGGUUUAGGAGAUACAAUGAAUGGUGGUUCUAGAACAGCAAAUGCUGGUGGUGGAACUAAAAGGAAUAAUCAAAUACAUGAAUUGUUGGGAUUGAUGCCUUAUUUGGAUUGGACAAUGGUGUUGAUUACAUUAAUCUCCUGUGGUUCUAUGCUUUUCGAAAAUCCCUGGCCAACUACUGGCGAAAAUUUAGUUAUGUUUAACUUUUAUUUGCAGAUUCCUGAUUAUUUAUUUGUUUUGGCAAUGACUUUGGAAUUAAUUGCCAAAAUGAUUGCAGAUGGUCUCUUUUUUACUCCAAAUGCUUUAAUUAAUGAUUUUGGGGGUGUAAUGACUGUUUUUAUUUAUUUGACGAGCUUAACAUUUUUAAUUUUAAUGCCAAAACAUGUUGAGAUUAACUCUUUGGAGCAAUUUUUAAUGAUUUGUCGAGCAAUGCGUCCUUUAAGGAUUUAUACUUUAGUGCCGCAUAUUAGGCGUGUUGUGUUGGAAUUAUUUCGCGGAUUUAAAGAAAUAUUACUUGUAACAAUUUUAAUGAUUGUUGUAAUGUUUAUUUUUGCUUCUUUUGGUGUCCAAACUGUUGGAGGUAAAUUAGCUGCAUGUAAUGAUUUAACUAUUAAACAUCGAAAUGAAUGCCAUGGUGUUUUUUGGCAAAAAGUUUUUGUAACAAGAUUAGAAAUUUACGGGAAAAAUAAUGAUACAAUGCAUCCAAAAGUGUUGGUACCUCGUGUUUGGACGAAUCCCCGAAAUUUUAAUUUUGAUCAUAUUGGAGCUGCAAUGUUAGCUUUAUUCGAAACACUCUCAUACAAAGGAUGGAAUGUUAUUAGGGAUAUUCUUUGGGCACGUCAAGGACCUUGGGCUGUUGUAUUUAUUCACAUUUAUGUAUUUAUUGGUUGUAUGAUUGGACUUACAUUAUUUGUUGGGGUUGUAAUUGCUAAUUAUACUGAAAAUCGAGGAACUGCUCUACUUACAGUUGACCAACGUCGAUGGCAUGAUUUAAAAGCUCGUUUAAAAAUGGCCCAACCUCUUCAUAUUCCCCCAAAACCCUCAGAAUCAGCAAUAUUUCGACGAAGUAUUUACGAAUUAACAAUGAGUAGAUUUUUUAACCAAUUAUUUGCUGCUUUGGUUGUUUUAAAUUCUGCAACUUUAAUUUUCCCGUGGAAUGUUGAAGAGGAAGAAAUGAAGAAUGAAGUUCUUUUUAUUGUUACUGUGAUAUCGGCAGCUUUAAAUUUACUUUUUGCUGUAGAGGUUCUACUCAAAAUGUUUGCCUUUACUGUAACAGGAUUUUGGCAAAGUCGACGUAACCGGCUUGACCUUUUAAUUACAGGGAUGGGUUUAUUUUGGAUAAGUACUCAUUUCUUUGUUGCACUUCCAGCUAGUGCUGUAGGUGGUGAAAGUAGACUUAAACGUUUUACUUAUACUUUUGGAUAUAUUGUUGUUAUUUUACGUUUCUUUACUAUUGCUGGUAGAAACAACACAUUAAAGAUGUUAAUGUUAACCGUUGUAAUGUCAAUGUUUCGAUCAUUCUUUAUCAUCAUGGCAAUGGUUUUACUUGUUCUCUUUUAUGCUUAUACGGGUGUUAUUCUUUUUGGGAUGGUCAAAUAUGGACAGGCUACACGUCAAUUUUCGUUCUGGGUCAGAAGCUCUUGUUGUAUUAUUUCGAAGUGUUACUGGAGAAGAUUGGAAUGAUAU